GUUAUAUCUCCUCAAGGCACGUUCACCACAGUCCUCUCUUUCCCCGGCACCACCACCACCCAGGCUAACCGGACUGGACCGAGUGUUGAACAACACUGAGGGCGAGGCAGAUAGAGCGACGGCAGGCAUGGUGAGCCGUGAAAAUUUGCACCUGGUGCUGGACCCGGCGUCUCUGGGCGCGCCGUGGGCCGACCCGUCCGCCGCAGAGAUCCCGCCGCAGCUCCUCGCCGCGCUGGGAGAGUACCUCUCCUCCACCCGCGCCGAGGGCGGCGACGUCGCGACGGAGGCGGACGACGAGUUCAUGAUGCACGAGUUCAAGGUGCGGCGGUGCGCGCGCGCGCGGAGCCACGACUGGACGGCGUGCCCCUACGCGCACCCGGGGGAGGCCGCGCGGCGGCGGGACCCGCGCCGCGUGGCCUACGCGGGGGAGCCGUGCCCGGACUUCCGGCGCCGCCCGGGCGCGGGCGCCGCGUGCCCGCGCGGGGCCGCCUGCCCGCUCGCGCACGGCACCUUCGAGCUGUGGCUCCACCCGUCCCGCUACCGCACGCGCCCCUGCCGCGCGGGCGCUGCCUGCCGCCGCCGCGUCUGCUUCUUCGCGCACGCCGCGGCCGAGCUCCGCGCCGGCGCCGGCGCCGGCGCCGGCGCCGCCAAGGACGGCUGCUCGCCGCUCGCGCUGUCGCUCUCGCCCAAGUCGACGCUGGCGCCGCCCUGGGAGUCGCCGCCGGUGUCGCCGGUGGAGGGCCGGAGGUGGGUCGACGAGCCGGCGGACGCCGAGGUGGAGGAGCUGUUGCUCGCGAUGCGGGAGCUCGGAUUCAGGAAGGCCAAGGCGUCGUCGUCGGCGCCGGUCCUGCCUGCGGCUGCGGUCACGGAGGACGACGGGCCGGACUUGGGAUGGGUGUCGGAGCUGGUGAUGUAGGCGUCCAAGAUGUGGUGGAUGCCGAUCUGCGAUCUCCUUCGCUCGCUGCUGCCGGCGUCGUCAACGGAACAGCUUCGUUAAGCAAUAUUGAUCGUACCAUUUUCUUUCAUGAAUUUGCAUCAUUCUUCUUGUGGAUAUAAA